GAUGAAUAAAACAAGAGUUGUUAAUGACGGUUUUCCCUUUGUGAAUAGCAAGAACUGGAGCUCAAAUCGAAGCUUCCCCACGCACCUUUCAAACCAGUGCAGGAAUAUCACUGACCUUACUGUCUUUCUGGCCACCUCUUACAGUUUGGAGACUGUCCUAGGCAUUGUGGGAAACAUUUGUCUGAUUGCUGUCAUAGCCAGGCAGAAGGAAAAGUCCAAUGUCACCAACAUCCUAAUUUCCAACUUAAUAAUUUCAGACUUGUUCAUGAGUCUUGUCUGCCUGCCUUUCACCAUUGUUUACACAAUGAUGGACUACUGGAUAUUUGGGGAGGUCAUGUGCAAAAUGACCUCUUUCACUCAGUGUACAUCUGUGACAGUGUCAAUUCUUUCUCUUGUCCUUAUUGCUCUGGAAAGACAUCAGCUCAUCAUAAAGCCAACGGGCUGGAGGCCAAGUGUCUCCCAAGCCUAUCUAGGCAUUGGAGUCAUUUGGAUUUUAGCGUGUCUCAUGUCCCUGCCCUUUCUGACCACAUCUAUCUUGUCUAAUGAUUUGUAUGGGCAGCUCUCAUACAUCAUGAAUUUUUCCACUGACAAGGCCAUAUGCAUCGACUCGUGGCCUUCUGAACAGCACAGACUUAUCUACACCACCACUUUGCUGCUCUUGCAAUACUGCAUCCCCCUCUUGUUCAUUAUUGUUUGCUAUCUGCGUAUCUACUUACGUCUUCAGAAGAGAAAGGACAUGUUUGAGAAAAGUGAAUAUAGCAACCGAGCAGUUCAGCUGAGAAGGAUAAACAUUUUGUUAGCAUCCAUGGUUGCUGCUUUUGCUGUAUGCUGGUUACCACUGCACGUUUUCAACACCAUUGAGGACUGGAAUUACAAAAUCAUUUCACCUUGCCACCACAAUCUGAUCUUCUCAUUGUGCCACCUGGUAGCCAUGGCUUCUGCCUGUGUCAACCCUGUUAUCUAUGGUUUCCUAAAUAGUAAUUUCAAAAAAGAAGUGAAGUCACUGAUUCUGAGCUGCCAGCAUAAUUCAGUAAAUGCAUCCAUGGAAGAAUAUGAUCAUUUACCUUUAUCCACCAUGCAGACUGAAAUCUCCAAGGGCUCACUGUUGAACGGCAGGCAUAAUUCCAUCUAGCAGAAAGCAAACAUUUACAGAAGGA